AUGACACACAUAAAUUCUCAAUUAAAUCUAAAACUAUUAGGAAAACAAGACAUAAGACAACAACUUUCUAGUGCGUAUCGGUUAAAUAUCAAACAAUACAAUGAAAAAAUAAGUCAUAAUCGUUAUAUAUUGAAUAAAAUAAUAAAUUGUAUUAAAUUUUGUGGAGCAUUUGAACUUGCACUCAGAGGUCACGAUGAAAAAUCAAAUUCAGAAAAUCCCGGCGUAUUUCGAGGUCUUAUAAACUUUAGUUCAGAGUUAGAUUCGGUACUAAAAUGUCAUAUUGAGAACUCUUCGGUAUUUAAAGGUUUAUCCAAAUCAAUCCAAAAUGAUUUACUAGAAUGUUGUUUAGCUGUAUGUCAACAAAGAAUUAAAAAUGAAAUAAAACAAGCAGAAUAUAUUUCUGUAAUGGCUGAUGAAACAACUGACGUAUCUGCUCAGUUUCAAUUGUCAAUAAUAUUUAGAUAUUUACUAUCGGAUGGAACACCAGUAGAAAGGUUUUGGGGAUUUUUCAAUCCUACUGGACAUGAUGCGAAAUCGUUGUCUGAAUGUAUAAUAUUCAACUUGGAAAAAGUCCUAGAAUCGCCAGAUAUGUUGAUUUGUCAGAGUUACGACGGCGCAAAUGUGAUGAGUGGACGUCUCAAUGGUGUACAAAAAAUAAUAAAUAAUAGUUAUAAAAAUGCACAUUUCAUACAUUGCUAUGCUCAUCAGCUUAAUUUAAUUUUAAUUCAAGCAACUUCACAAAAUCGUGAGAUAAGGAUAUUUUUUUCAAACUUAACUGAUAUAACAAAUUUUUUUUCAAACAGUCCACAGCGGGUUACGGUUUUAGAUAAAAUUGUUAAAUACAGAGUUCCUCGAUCAUCUAAUACUAGAUGGAAUUUUAAAAGUCGAAUAGUAAAUACUGUGUAUGAGAAUCUUGAGCCGUUAAUUGAAUGUAUGAAAGAAAUUUAA